CACUUCAUCGUCCCAAAAAACGCCUCUGUUUCACCGUUCUUCGCCGUAUAAGCUCGUCUCUAGCCAUGGCUCUUCCGCUCGGGAAGCUCACCAUCCUCAUCGGUGCAGUGUACUUGACUGGCUCAAAGUUUAAGACUUUAUUGGAGUAUAGCUAUUCUCUGAAUACAUCUGAGGAGAAGUUUAUGUUUAGUUUCUCUGUGAAUGCACCUACUAGUCUUAUUGGAUCAGCAUUUUCUAAAGAAGGGGGCUUACCAGAUGUCUCCAAUUUGGUUUCUGGUGCUUUUAAGAUGGUAUUCAGGCAACUGAAACAAGACGAACCUAGCAAAUCAGCUAGCAAACCCCACGAUGAUGUACUUGUGGCCCAGGUUAACAGUCUUAGGCAUGAGAUACAGUUGCUGGGGUCAAACAGACCUAUCACCAUUGUUUCACCUUCAGGAUCAGGUGGUAGAAACUAUGGUUUGAUCAUUAUCGUUGGGGUGAUAGGCUACGGAUAUGUGUGGUGGAAGGGCUGGAAACUUCCAGAUUUUAUGUUUGCAACAAGGCGUAGCUUAUCAGAUGCAUGUAAUAAUGUUGGCAACCAGAUCGAUGGUUUUUACUCAUCACUCAAGGGUACAAAACGAGAGUUAAGUUCAGAAAUUGAUAUGAUGGGUCGUCGUUUGGAUGCAAAUACAGAAGUAAUUCAAGAAACAAUACAAGAGGUGGCUAAGCUACAGGAUGGUACAUCAUUUAUAAAGGAUGACGUUAAGGCUGUUUUCGAUGCUUUUGAAAAUCUGGCAAGCAAAGUGUGUCGUAUAGAGGGAAAUCAGGAUAUCACACUUAGAGGAGUUGGGGCUCUGCAUGCUCAGUGUCAGGAGAACCAAAGAAUUCAAGAGUCCAAUAAGGCUUUGCCAUCAACUUCAUCACUGCCAGCCCUUGAGGCAGCUCCUAUGGCACCCUCUUCAAAGACUCUGUCUUUACCUCCUGCUUCUCCCGAUGAAUCCCAGUCCCCGUCAACCCCUAAUGUAGCUCAAAAGUCACGGGGCCUACUUCAGCACACUCAAUCUAUGUCUGGUUUGAAGGACAUAAAUGAAAGCUCUAGUAGCCACAACACGUCUUCAAAUGGAAUAUAUUUUGGGGGAAACGGUGCAUCAGGAUCGAGUUCGGGCGUGCUUGGUAGGUUCUCAAUAGCAAGAAUAAUGAGGACUCGUACUGUGGUCAACACAGUGUCUACUAACUGAAGAGAGAGUUUGUUUUAUCUAAUUAUUAGGAUUAACAAAGAAGGGGGCAUGUUGUAUCUAGUAGAGUAUUUGAAUAGAUUUUGCUUCUUAUUUUUUUUUUUGACAAUGCUAUAAAUGGUGCAUAAUUUUUUUAAGAAUGCAGCUUAUAUUUGAAUGGGUUUAUAGGUCACAAUUAGCAGUUUGUUACUGUUUUUUUCGAAUACAAGAGGUCGACGAUAGUUUCUUUGAUUAGGUAUGUUCUGUUGAAGGAGCUUUUGGAUAAUGAGAAGAGGUUAAAAGUUAA